AACGACUCAGAUUUAAGAAAAGAACAGACAGUAGACCAGAAUGAAGUUUGUAGUGGUCGAGAUCAUAAAUCAGAAGACUUAAAGCAAAAUGAUCCUGAUUCCGUAAUGUUAAAUGUAGACGAAGAAUGUUCCAAGAAAGCGGAGUGUGAUGGACCGGAAGAGUCAGUGUCAAGUGACGCUGUUCAAGAGACUACACAAAAAUUAACUUCCCGGGUUUUCAGCCUUUCUUCCAACAUGAAAACUUUCAUCUCAUCUGACGGAGGACGCUGGAUUCGGAUCCUGCAGCGCACACACCUGGCAUUCUGUCCUCACGUUGGCUGGAACUUGAACCAAAUAUUUCGGUUCAAUCGUGACUGGACUGGGUGUUCAGUCGUGACUGGACUGGGUGGGAGUACGUGGUGAACACCUGGGAGUGGGGCAACAUGGUGGUGAAGGCGGAGUGGGGCGUCUCUCUCCUGCAGUGGUACCAGAAAACUUUCAGCUUCUCUUUCGACCAGGCGGCGGCGCUCCCCUCCACGCAGCUGGUCCUGGAUUUCCGUGACUGGUGGAGCUACAAGGUGUGGCUGAAGUGGCCGGUCCUCGCGUCCUCCCUCGCCGCUUCCCUCACGCUUGGUCGCGACAGUCACACACUGCUGGGUGAGUCAGACCGUGUGGGGGUGACGUGGGAAGUGAAGAAAGUGGACGAGUUUCUGGGUGAGGACGCCGGAAAGGUGGUGGCGCGGGUGGUAGCGCGACACACCCCUGCUGGCUUGGUGGUGACCUUCCACGCCGACACCGCCAGCAUGCAGGAGCUCCACGAUACCGUCACUGCCGUCCUUGCUCAGGCCAUGGAGAGCCCUGACCUGUGUGGCGAGGUGCCUGACCACGCCACGCUUCUGAAGUUCCUGCACGACUUCCUUGGACAGUCACCGGCGAGUCUCUGGGCGGAUCUGCUGCAGGAAGUCCGUCACCUGCUGCUGGGGUCUGGCACCGAGGCAGACUUACAUCACCUGCUGGAAGUUUUCAGGGAGGAAAUGGGGACAGCAGAAGGCGUAGGAUUGUGGGAGGCAGUAUGGACGGUGCUGGAGCGGGCGGGGCUGCUGCGUUCCCGCGGCGAGGAGGUGGAGGUGGUGGUGCCCUCCGAGUGGAUUAGUCUGGCGCAGGGGUGGUUCACUUGGGCUGUCAUGGGAGGCGGCGGGCAGUGCGAAGGCAACACACUGAUGGUUAACCUGGUGGAUGCGCUGGCGGAGACCCUGAGGCGAAGUGGCAGCGGGCAAGCAACCUUUUGACCCACCAGUCAGACAAACUUUUAUGUUCGUUCUGAAGGCAAAUCAAAAGCAGGAAUUUGUUACCAAAACCAUAAAUAAAUGACGUCAUCGUACAUCUGGCAUCCAUUCGUGUAGCUGCUAUACAACACUAUAUUGUUUAUUUAUUUAUUUUUUUACUUUGUGUUGAUUAAUUGCUUGCUUAUUCUUAGAAAAUAUGUAGGCGAUAAUAUCAACAUAAAUUAUAUACAUGUAUUCAUUUCAUUGGGACUAUUCACUCCUGUUGCUACGUUCUCAUGUUCGUUUGUAUUGAAAAAUGUUCCCUUAAUUAUCAAUACACCCAACCAUCAAUAAUUAUUAUAGUAAUAUCAAAAUAAAAUGUUCAUUGUUAAAUACUGGAUCAAAAUAAAGCCAAUCAGGGA